CCGAUCUCACACCGAUCGCAUUACAUUCACUAGAUCGUUCACACAUUCGCGCGCGUGCACACACACAUACACACACAUACACAUAUAUAUAUAUGUACACGUACAUACAUACGUAUAAAGGAGUUAUAAACACACACACACACAAAUAUACACACCGGUUCCGCUCGAUUUCGCAUCGAUCCUCUUCUUAUUCCCACCGAUUUCCACCUCAUUCGCCUCUCCGCGAUUUCUCUUCUGUUCCUCCUUCUCUCUCUCUAUCUCUAUCUCUCUCUCUCUUUGCCGUAUCCCUCUUUUUCUCCUUCGCGAUCCUCUUCUUCUUCUUCCUCCGCAUCUGCAUCCUUAGAUCGCUCCCUCCUCUCGGAUCGUAUAUGCCUCUUCCUCGCCGAAGUACAUCAUCACCGCCGAUCGUUCCCACGAUCACUGUCGCGGCCACCAGCGAUCGAAGAAGCAGCAGUUGCCGCGUGUACUCGCGCGCAGUACUCGUCGCGUGCCCGAAUCGUAAUAGGACUCGCGGAAGAUCGGCGAAUAUCGCGGCUGUCAAAAUCGUGAACGAUCUGUGUAUGCGAUCGAUCGAGUGCGGAGGAUUCCGUUGGGAUAUAUACAUGACAUGAUCUGAGGGUGCGAAAUAUCGUUUUUUAACAUCUCGCGUAAAAACAUCUCGCCGGAGAAAAAGAGAAAAGCGCGCCUCUUCAAUCGGGGAACUUCCAGCAUCUGCGGUACGUAAUAACGUCGCUUCGACGACCCGACCGGCACACUUAGAGCAACCACGAAAGCAGGAUUGACUUUCUCCGGUUGGAAGCAGUCGUGGCACUGUGUGCACGAAAUAAACUCUUCGAGGUCGCCGCGAGAAAACACGACGAGGAUCGGAAACAACGUCGAUCGGUUGGAGUGACGUUUCGGAAAGAAAAAAAAUAAAACAAAAAAUCGAUUCUCGUUCGAUAAGUAUAAUCGGUGUGCAAUUCUGUGCAUGACACGACGCGAGUCCUGACAAGAGGAGGUAUUAUUCGGAGAUAGGAAUUCAUAGAAAAAGGAGAGCGAAAAAGCGCGCGCGCGUGUUUUCCUUCGCGCUAUAAUAUUCAAUCCCGACGACGUGCGCGCUGUGAUUCCACACAGGGGUGAACACUCGGUGAACAUCGCGGAGCUUGUCAAAAAUGAGGGUGCAUCGCGGGAUCUGCGCCAAAUUGCAGGGCGGCUUUCUCAGACGAUGGUGGGCGGCUGUGGCAAUAGGAGUUCUGCUGAUAAUUCUGGCCGCCGUUCUCGCGGUCGUGUUCCCGAAGAUCAUCGAUCUGAUACUGGACAACGAGCUCGCGUUGCGCGACGGCGGGCGCACGUACAAUUUCUGGAAGGAGCCGCCUGUGGUGCCGCGCAUGCAGAUCUACAUCUACAACGUAACGAACGCCGACGAGUUUCUGAACAACAAUGAGAAACCGGUGUUGCAGGAACUCGGACCGUAUGUUUACUCGCAACACUGGCAAAAGGAAGACAUCAAAUUCAAUGAGAACGGCACCGUCACGUACAAAGUCAAGAAGACGUUCGUCUUCAACGAGACCUUGUCGGCUGGUUCCGAGGACGAUCUCGUGGUCGUGCCAAACGUUCCCAUGCUUUCGGCUACCAGCCAGUCGAAGCACGCCGCGCGAUUUCUGCGUCUUGCGAUGGCGUCCAUCAUGGACAUCCUGAAAAUCAAACCGUUCGUCGAGGUGUCGGUCGGCCAGUUGCUCUGGGGCUACGAGGACCCGCUGCUGAAACUCGCCAAAGACGUCGUGCCCAAGGAGCACAAAUUGCCGUACGAGCAGUUUGGUUUGCUCUACGGCAAAAAUUCCACCAUGCCGGAUUUGUACACGAUAUUCACCGGCGCCAAUGACAUCACCAAAUUCGGCAUAAUGAACAGAUGGAAUGGCAAGGAGGGCCUUGGCUACUGGACGACGCCCGAGUGCGACUCCAUCAUGGGCACGGACGGCAGCAUUUUUCCUCCCCACAUCACCAAGCAGACCGUGCUUAAGGUCUUCGACAAGGAUCUCUGCAGAACGUUGCCGCUCGUCUUUCAGCGCGAAGUGAUAGCCGCAGGAGGAAUUCCCGGCUACAGAUUCUCGCCUCCGACGGACGUGUUCACCUCGGUGGAGAAUAAAGCUUCGCAGCAGUGCUACUGUCCGUCUGGACCGCCGUGCGCACCCGAGGGCACGUUUAACGUUUCCCUGUGUCAGUUCGACUCGCCGGUUCUUCUCACCUUCCCGCACUUUUAUCUUGCCGAUCCGACCUUGCGAGAGGCUGUGGUGGGCAUUACGCCGCCGGAGGCCGAAAAACACGAGCUCUACAUCGACGUGCAGCCGAUAAUGGGCACGGCGAUGAAGGCGCGAGCGAGAGUGCAGAUAAAUCUCGCGGUCAGCCAGGUGCGAGAUAUCAAACAGGUCGCAUCGUUUCCCGACAUUGUUUUCCCCAUUAUGUGGUUCGAAGAUUGUGUCGACGAGCUUCCGCCGGAGAUGCGUUCUCUGCUGAAGCUCGGAGUGGAUCUUCCGCCGGUGGCUCACGCCGCGGUUUCCGGCAUUCUCGCCGCGAUCGGCGCGAUCGUUCUACUCGGCGCCCUGGUGUGUUUGGCGCGCGCCGCCAAGCGUCAGGAAAAGUUGCACCUGAGCAAUCCGUUGCCGUCGAACGCGACGAACACCAAGACCGGUCAGCUGAAUCCGGCCUUCAGCAAGUAGACGUUAUUGUGGUGCUUCGAGGGAGAGUGACGAGGAAUCGGACGAGUGCGCUCCGAUUUGAGAUCGCGCUGGGAAUUCUAUCCGCGGCGGGAUCGCGCGCGAAUUCGCGCGUUGUCGCGUUGGACUUGUGUACGAUAAUCCUUACUUAUAUCAUAGGCGACGGGCAUGUGCUUUAUCUCUUUCCAGAUAAAUUAAAAUAAAUCCUAUACGAUCGAACUCUCUCUCUCUCUAUCUUUCUCUCUCUCUCUCGAGUCUUGCGAGAAAAAGCGGGAGAAAGAGACGGAGAGAGGGAUAUAGCGACGCGACUCCUCGCGCGACGCAGAUUUUUAUUGGCGCCGCUGAUAUGUGGACGCGCCGAUAAUGUUAGAUUUUAUUUAUGUUGUUACGCGUGUUUUUUUCCCUUCCUUCUGCUUCUCGGGACGAUAUUUUGACGAACAGAUAGAGACGCGUGAGUACAAAUAAAAAAUCGCGAGUAUAAAUCGACCGGCUACGAAUUCGAGAUUGUUUGUGUGGAACAAGUGUUCUUCAGUAUUACACACACGCUUACUUAAUCGCGAGUUCAGCACGAAUCGACGCGUUCUCUGCGAAAAAUAACGCGGUUUUAACAGUUCGAAGUAUUUUUUAUUCAAAAACCAUCGCAUCUCGCGUGUAGAGAAAUCCGUGAAUUCGUGUCGUCGCUCUUUUUCGAUGUUUGAACUUCGCAGCGAGUCAAUCGACGCUUUUGCGACUAUUUUUUCAAGAACAAAUUUAAAUGUUAUUUUAUUACUUGUGCGUCCAAGUUAAUUUCUUUAAACAUGUUGUUUAUUUAUGUAUACAUGUUUGACAACAUCGUUUAUAAUAUCUUUUUGAAUACUGUUUGCCUCGAUUCUUGCGAAAAUAAAACAGCUGAGUUGUAACGUAA